AGAUAGAUGUUCGACUUACUUCUUCUAUUUUCCUUUGCUUUCAUUUCUAAGUUCAUAGUUCAAAAAAAGUAAUAUUCGGGUGGUACUGGAUUUUAGUGGUAAAGAAAAAAAAAAUAUGGGUGAGGUUGUGGUGAGUAGCGAGGAAGUGGAGAAGGUGAAAUCUGACAGUGAAACUGAGAAGGAAAAUGGAGAGUUCCAAGGGAAUAAGAGGAAGAAGAAGAAGCCAGGGAGUUCUGCCUCCGGGGAGGUGGUGAAAUGGGAAAGGUUUUUGCCCAGGAUGGCCUUGAGGGUUUUGUUGGUUGAAGCUGAUGAUUCUACCAGGCAGAUUAUAGCUGCACUUCUCAGGAAAUGCAGUUAUAGAGUUGCUGCUGUUCCUGAUGGCUUGAAGGCAUGGGAGAUGCUGAAAGGAAAACCCCAUAAUAUAGAUCUCAUAUUGACAGAAGUGGAUUUGCCAUCUAUAUCAGGAUUUGCUCUUCUUACACUAAUCAUGGAGCAUGAGAUUUGCAAAAGCAUCCCUGUUAUAAUGAUGUCCUCACAAGAUUCAAUUAGCACCGUAUAUAAAUGCAUGUUGAGAGGUGCUGCUGACUACCUUGUUAAACCGAUACGGAGAAAUGAGCUGAGAAAUUUAUGGCAGCAUGUAUGGAGAAGACAAUCAUUGAUAGUUGGUGGAAACUCCCCCCAGGAUGAGAGCGUUGGACAGAAAAAGGUUGAAGCUACCUCUGAAAAUAAUGCUGCAAGUAAUCAUUCGAGUGGUUGCUUGGCUAAUUUCCAAAGAACUAAGGAACAAACUGAGAAAGGGAGUGAUGCUCAGAGCUCUUGUACAAAGCCAGACAUGGAAGCUGAGAGUGCCCACAUGGAUAAUAUGCAGGAAUUUUCACGGAUGAUACAGGGAAAAUCUCUACCAAGUGAAUCACAGAAGCAUGAAGCUCAUGCCAAUUUCAAUCAGAAACCGUUAGUGCAUGAGAUGAAAACUGGGGUUGAUGAUGCCUGCCAGGAUGCUUAUAUAACAACCAUGUACAAGGGUGUUGAACUGGAAAGUCAAAGAAGGGAUGCUAAUAUCUCCGUCGAGGCUGGUGAUGCUUUCAUCGAUUCACCAAGAGAAGCUAUUGACUUCAUGGGAACAUUUAAUAGAAAUUGCAAUUCUUCUUCAAUCAGUAGCACCGGCAAGUUUGAUUCUUCUCCACACUUGGAUCUUUCCUUGAGAAGAUGUAAUCUUAAUGUUUUUGAGAAUCAUGCUACUCAAGAAAGGCCUACGCUCUGGCAUCCUAAUUCAUCAGCCUUUACGAGGUACACUAGCAGAGUAUCACAGCCCCUGCAUUCAACAUUGACAAGUGUCAGAGAUCAAAAGAAAGAAUCUGGGACUAAUUCUGAGAAGAUGUUGUCCAAUGUUAUUUCUGAAUAUAACUCAGAUACUCCUAGUCCCACACUAACUUCUCAAAGAAGCAUGAUCCCUUUGACUACUGGAGCUACUGGUAAAUGGAAGCAAACUGAAGUACCAGCGUCAUGCACGCCACGGAGAGUAUUUCCUGUCCAAGUACCAGUGAAGGGUAUAAGAUUGAAUAACCUAUGCAAUGGCCAUAAUUCUGUAAUUUCUCCAAUCUUUUGUCCCCAGUCAAGUUCAUCUCCAGUGCCAAGUCCAAGCUCAGCCAACCAACAAGAACCUGCCUUUCGUGUGAAUCUAUUUCGUCAUUCCAGUUUUGAAACUAACAACUCUGGACAGUUGUAUGACCAACUUGGCUCCAAUACAAAUAAGUCAACCAACCAACCUUUGCACAAGCUGGAUCAAAAAUUGGAUUCAAUUGAGGAUAGAGGACAUAUUUCUCCCACCACUGAUCAGAGUGCAAAUAGCAGUUUCUGUAAUGGCUCCUUAAGUCAACUUAAUAGUAUUGCAUAUGGUAGCACUGGUGCAAGUAAUGGCAAUGUUGAUCAGGUUGCUGUCAUCCGAGCUCCCCCAGAGAGCAAGAAUGAUGAUAGUUUUCUCAGUCCUGGUGGAAAUUCACACCGAUUUAUCCAAAGAGAAGCAGCUCUAACCAAGUUUCGCUUGAAGCGGAAGGAUAGAUGCUAUGAGAAAAAGGUCCGAUAUGAGAGCAGGAAGAAACUGGCAGAGCAGCGCCCAAGAGUAAAAGGUCAAUUUGUCCGUCAAGUGCAGGCUGAUCCUAUGCAUACCGAAGCUGAGCGUCAUUAUGGCAAUUCAUCUGAUGGCUAGUUACAACAUUCUAAACUAAGGAGAGCAUGGUAGCAAAUUUGCUUGGAUCUUUAGAAACGGUGGCACCGGCUAUUUCAGCCUUUUGUUUUGUGAAAGCUGAAGAAACAAAGAGGAGGCGGAAUUCCGAGGACGCUUUUACACAUAUCCAUACACAUUAUAUUAGUGGUUAUCAACACAGGUUUCUAUGUACUUAUUGUAAAAUAUAAUAUUUUGAUCUUUUAGUUCAGAGUUUUUUUUUUCGCUGUUCUUCAAUGGGGUUGCCUGAGUCAUUCUUUAUUUGUUACCUUGAAGAAUCGUUUAUUCAACCGUCGUACAUGCCAGUUGCAAUUACCAUACAAACGUAGUGUAAAAUAUAAAUAAAGUGUAAUCUUAAUUUUCUUCU